AUGCCUCCAGUCAAGAAACGCAAGGUCGCCGAAGAGGCGCCUGCUGCUGAAAAAGUCGAUGCUAGCUCCCCAACCCCCGAGGUUGGCGACGACGCCUCGGAGGAUACCAUAGAGCCCACCCCCGAGACCGCCGCAAAGAAAUCCUUCAAGGAUUUGGGUGUCAUGCCUGAGCUCGUCACUGCUUGUGAGAAAAUGGGGUACAAGGCGCCAACACCGAUUCAGGCAGAGUCGAUCCCAGCUGCUCUAGAGGGCCGCGAUAUCAUCGGUCUCGCAGAAACUGGUUCCGGAAAGACUGCAGCUUUCGCCCUCCCGAUCCUCCAGACUCUCAUGGACAAGCCCCAGCCAUUUUACGCACUGAUCAUCUCGCCUACCCGAGAAUUGGCCUACCAAAUCUCGCUAGCCUUUGAGAACCUUGGUUCGACAAUUGGCGUCCGGACAACAGUUCUUGUUGGUGGUAUGGACAUGGUCCCUCAAAGCAUCUCGCUCGGAAAGAAGCCUCACAUCAUCGUCGCGACCCCCGGACGUCUCCUCGAUCACCUUGAGAACACAAAGGGAUUCUCUCUUCGCGGCCUGAAAUACCUCUGCAUGGACGAAGCCGACAGACUUCUUGACAUGGACUUCGGUCCUAUCUUGGACAAGAUCCUGAAGGUGCUUCCUCGCGAGCGCCGGACAUUCCUCUUCUCCGCUACUCUGAGCUCCAAGGUUGAGUCUCUCCAGCGUGCAUCUCUCAGCAACCCGCUCCGUGUCUCUGUUUCGAGCAAGUACCAGACCGUUUCCACGCUGCAGCAAUACUUCCUCUUGAGACCUCACAAGCACAAGGAUGUCCACCUCAUCUACCUCCUCCAGGAAUUCACAGGUCACUCUUGUAUCAUUUUCAUGCGGACUGUUCACGAGACCCAGAGACUCGCUUACCUUCUGCGUGCGCUCGGAUUCCCUGCGAUCCCUCUCCAUGGACAACUCUCUCAAUCUGCACGUCUGGGUGCGCUCGGCAAAUUCCGUUCUCGUGCUCGCGACAUCCUAGUUGCUACUGAUGUCGCAGCUCGUGGUCUCGAUAUCCCUUCCGUGGAUGUCGUCCUCAACUACGAUCUGCCAACAGACUCCAAGACUUACAUUCACCGCGUGGGAAGAACCGCCCGUGCUGGUAAGAGUGGUGUCGCCAUUUCUUUUGUCAGCCAGUAUGAUGUGGAGAUUUGGCAACGUAUCGAAGGUGCGCUUGGCAAGGAGCUUCCCGAGUAUGAUGCUCCAAAGGACGAGGUCAUGGUUCUCGCCGACCGAGUCAGUGAUGCACAGAGACAGGCGAUUGCGCAAAUGAAGGAUUACGAUGAGAAGCACGGCAACAAGGCCGGAAAGAAGCAAUUUGGAAAGGGCAAGCGGGGUCGUGACGAGAUGGACAAGGAGGAAGGCUAA